AUGUCACAGAUUGAGGACACUAAAAAUUUACCAAAGAAAAAUUGGAGUAAUGGUUUUCUUAUACGGGAGCCAUACGAAAAUAUUCAAAAUGGCUUGACUAUUUUCAAUCCACUUAUUUAUGGCUUAGUAUCUUAUAAAUUUGUUCCAUUAACCUAUGGAGAGCUUGAUAGUUUUAGUUUCAUUAUGACAAUACUCGGAGUUUUCUUUAUAGCUUACUUGUGGAGAGCAUGUUACAAUAGCUCUCUCCCCUGCCUAACCAUGCCCUACAACGUUGCUGAAUUCAUAUUACUUAUAACUUUAAAAAGUAAUUGCAGACAGAAACUAAAUCAUCUUACAGAUGGCUCCACGUUAUUGCAGCAGAAUUCCACUACACAGGAAAUAAUGACAACGAUAGAUGCUGCUUCUUCCUAUCAGUCAUUCAACCAAACACUGCUGCAUAUAGACGAAAACAUUUUCGGCAUGAUUAAAGAGGAAACUAAUAUGGAUAUAGCCACAACAUGCUGGCUGGCUUACAAGAAUUUACCUUUCAGAUUUUUAAUGACUCUGCAACGCAAAACUAUUUUGUAUUAUUUAAUGAUAACGUAA